AUGGCCUACUUCGAACCAUACCCGCUGACGGAGCUUGACCACCUAAUGAUGCCCGCAUACAUGCAUUUAUUUCUAACGUUUGAGACUACCAACAUUGAAGAAAAUAUCGCCCUGCUGGAAAAUGGAGUGUCGUGCCUCAUCCAGGAACGGCCGUUUCUAGCGGGUACGAUAGCCAAGCCCCUACCGGAACGCCCGAACCAGAAAGCAUAUCAAGUUCAACCUCCUGCGAGUUUAGAUCUUCACGCCAGUCCCAUGCUACACGUCAAAGCUCAUGGCGUACCUAUCUCGGUAUUGGAACGGGCUGAGAAAACACCGCUGGACUUGAUCGCGGUUAAGCCCCAGUCACCGACCCCCUACCCAUCACCAGCGCUACGCUUUCAAGCCAACAUCAUGACAAACGGCAUCAUAUUAUCGGCUUCCUGGAAUCAUCGCUUCAUGGAUUCGCUUGGAUGUCAGGUUGUGCUUGAUGGUCUGUCGCAAUUCUGCCGGCUGAAGGGGACUGCUGGGGCUACACCAAAGACCACUUCUCCGAUACAGGACGCCACUCGUCGGCAAACUAGCAACAUCGGUGGAUCAACGAAGGAUCAUGCCUCGUUUUACGGUGCCUACAACUACGCGGGGAACCAUUACCAAACUGAUCAAAUAUCGCGCGGGUUUGUCUUUUGCUCUAGAAAGAUCGAGACGCUCAGGGAGGCGUGCAAUUCUCGACUGGCGGAGGUUGGGCAGUCGCUCAAACUCAGGGUCAGCUGUGAUGAUAUAGUCACGGCAAUCGUUUGGCUCUCUGCAGCCAAAGCACGCAACAGGGCCUUUUCGGCGCCUCACUCAUCGCUUAUCCGUUAUGUCAGCGUACGCAAGCUUUUGCGAUCAUCUCUCUCGGCUGCCUUCUUUGGGAAUACAGUCGCUAUCGCCAAAUCCCACUGCAACGUGCAUAAGCUCUCAUCGAAGGACCAUGGCCCCUAUGUGGCAUGCGAAGCCGCCCCGGGCAUGACUCGUGGGAUGAUAAACGACUUAUCGCACCUGGUCUGGUUCAUCCGAUCAGCUGAUACAAGCAUAGAUGAAAAUCACGUUGGAGAGCUUCUCGCGACACUGCGAGCCUCAUUAGACUGGGACUCGCUUACUGUCUCCCCUGCGGACGUAUCAGUCUCCAGCCUCCGGAAGCUCACUCUUUAUGGUCUUGAUUUCGGGGACUCAUUUGGUCCCGUAAGGGACGUGGAAUUUGUAGAUUCUAACCUCCAUGGCCAGAGCAUCAUCAGACCUGCAAGAAACUGUGCUUCGGACGCACCGUGGGAAAUUCGCAUGGCGCAGCCAAAGAAGGUUGUUGACUUUUUGGAGACGGACCCUGUAUUAACAUGGGCUAGUAUCAAUGGACAGCCGAGGCUGUGAAGGGAGCUUCUAGGCAUUUCACCAUGGAAGAGCUCCAGAGCUAUCGAGUCACAGAGAACUGCCUGUCUGCAAUUGCAAAUAUAGGAAAUUAAUAUUCCCUUAUG